GCUUCCGGUUUAUGGGAGGAUCCGUUAUUAGCACACACACACACACACACACGAUACAGAGUCAGACUCCAACACUCAAACAGCAGCAUGAUGCAGAGGGAACCUGCAGAACCAGAACCGGGUCGGGAUGAAGAGCUGCACGAGCGGCUCCGGGGCUUACAGGAAGAGAAUGACGCUCUCAAAAGUGAGAUCCAGGAGAUGCGUGUGGAGAUGGAGGAGAUGCACGAUGCGUUUUAUGAGGAAGACACGUGCCGGCUGCACGAGCUGCGGCGUGAGCUCGAGAGAGCCAAUAAGAACUGCAGGAUCCUGCAGUAUCGCGUACGCAAAGCCGAGCGCAAACACCUGCGCUACACAUCGAGAGGAGAGAUCGACGAGGAACUGCUGAGGAACCUUGAGCAGGACCUGAAGGUGGCGAAGGACGUGUCAGUGAGGCUCCACAACGAGCUGAAGAACGUGGAGGAGAAACGAACAAUGACAGAGGAAGAGAACGAGAGACUGAGAGAGAAAUUAAUCGAGCUGGAGGUUGACAAAGAGACCCUGCAGAACGAGCUGGAGAGAGUCAGAGAGAAGCGGAGAGGAAGUAAAGAUGCUCAGAGGAGUGAGAGGAACAUCACGCAGGUCCUCAGGGAAGAUGACAGUGAGGACCUGAAGUGCCAGCUGUCCUUCAUUAAUGAGGAGAUGAUUUUGAUGAGGAAGAAGAUGGCGAAGCUCGAUAAGGAGAAGGACGAUGCAGAGCAAGAGCUGCAGAAAUAUCGCUCCUUUUACGGUGACUUCGACAACUUCCAGUUUAAAGGUGAAGCCGUGGGACCGCCCACCGCCCGUCAAUCAGAGCUCAGGCUCCGCCUACGUCUGGUAGAAGAGGAGGCAAACAUCCUGGGGCGCAAGAUCGUGGAGCUGGAGUUGGAGAACCGAGCUCUGAGGGCGGAGAUCGACAACAUGAAAGGAGAAGAUGAAUCGUCUCCAGGAGCGACAGAUGGUGUGGCUGAUAUAAAUCAAGUUCAGGAGCUUUCUGAACUCAGGCAGCAGCUGCAGCUGGUGGAGGACGAGGCGGAGUUUUUGCGGCAUAAUUUGGCGGACACAGAGGAGCAGAACAAGAAGGUGAAGAGCGAGCUGAAGAAGCUGAGGUUUAAAGAGGCAUCGAGGCACGUAGCCGAGGGCGGAGCUUUAACCUCAGAGGGAGGAGCCAAGGUUAUGGAGAUGCUGAAGGAGGAGCUGAGAGCAGCACGACUGCAGGUGAAUGAACUGAGCGGGAAAGUGAUGCAGCUGCAGUAUGAGAAGAGAGUGAUGUUAAAUAAACACAGUGAUGAUGGAGGAAGAAAAGAAGAAAGAAAAGAUAACAGAGGAACAUCAGAAGAGGAAAGAGGACAAGAAAAAAGAGCAGGAAAGUUCAAAGAAGGAAGUAUAACAGAAAAAGCAGUAAAAAAAAGAGAAAAAGGAGAAAGAGUAGAAGAAGAACAAGGUGGAGGAAGUGAUGAAGAUAAAGGAGGAAUAGGAGCAAAAGGACAAGUGGGAGAAGAAGCAGCAGAUCGAGAUGGAGGUGGAGGAGAUAAAAGAGGAGGAAGAGAAGGAGAAAGUGAUGAGCCCUCCUCUUCAUCACUCCUCCCUCUUCAUCAGCAGCGUGAAGGCCCUAUCGGAGGAGAGAGUGACUCUGAGGACAUGCCGCACUCGUCUGCCUCUCCUCCUCUCCUCAUCCGUCGCUCCACUCCUCCACUCCUUCCUCGCUCACCUCGCGAACGACAGCGUGUAUCAGAGAUCCGAGCCGAGGUGGAGCGUCUGACUCACACCAUCGAGCUCCUUAUCGCUCACACGCAGGAGUUUGCGGCUGAUGAAGAUCCAGCUGGAGCAGAGGAUGGUGAUGGGGCUGAUGAUGAAGACGUGAGGACACGUGAGCGACAGCUGCUCCAUCGCAUCGGCACGCAGAUGAACGAGUUCAGAAACGAGCUGCAGGGGUUUAUGGGAUUUAUAGAGAGACUGGACGGAUCCAGACGGGAGGAAACGCGCUCAGAAGACCGCCUUUCUAUGUUUCAGCCCAUCAUUUUACUCAUCCUCAUCCUCCUGCUCUUCUCCUCGCUUUCCUACGCCACCAUGUUCAAACUCGUUUUUCUGUUCACCCUCUUUUUCGUGAUGUGAUCUCUCUGUCUCAUCCUUCCGUUAGCAGACCUUUUGUCCUUUCGUUUUGUUCGUAUGUAGAUGUUGUGCUCGUUUUCCGUUCGUGCAGAAUUACAGGAGGCGCACUUCUCAAGAGAACCGAGACCACGACGCCCAGAAUGGACACCGGACUGCGUUUUCCAGAAUGUUCUGCUGACGACAGACAAGAACUUCAGUUAGAAAGACAAAGUUCCUUUCAUUUUCUGACCAAAUACAAAAUCUAAUGAACUACACGAACCCAAAUAUAAGGAGACUACAUUACCCAGAAUGCACUGCAACCACAGAGGAGAUUCUACUAUUGGACUACACUUUCUGUAAACUUGCUGUAAAACGGAACUGAAACAUAUACACA